GCAAUAACGCCCUGCAAGGCUCACUGCAUCACAAGGAAAACUUGGGUCACUUAUCAAACAUCAACGGUUGGCAGGUUCGUCAACGUUGAUAGCUUUCUCACUUCAGGUAAUUCAACAGCGAUACCAGGUUAUCCGGUAAUAUUACCGUCAAGAUGGAUGCCUUCAAGGGCCUCGGGAAAAGCCUCAGCUCGCUGGGCGGGCAGAUCACCCCUUUUGCGUCGCGCACCUUCCAAUACACCAAGGAACAACUGGGCCAGGCCGAUGACAAGACUCAACUCCCACCUGACUACAUCGACCUGGAGAAGCGCGUUGAUGCGCUCAAGGCAGUCCACCAAAAGAUGCUUGCCGUGACCUCGCAGUACUCACACGAGGCCUACGACUACCCGCCCAAUAUCAAGGAGACUUUCCAGGACCUCGGCCGCACCGUCAGCGAGAAGGUGCAACUCCUGUCGACCGCCACAUCCCCGGCUGAGGCCCAGGCGGCCCUGACUGCACCGCCGACCGCCAAGCCGCAGCCCAAGACCUUCCACCACGCCGUGGCGCGCGCCUCGCUGGCGAGCAGCCAGACACUGCACCAGCAGCACACGGGUGCGGGAGAUGACCCGCUGGCGACUGCGCUCGAGAAGUAUGCGCUGGCGAUGGAGCGCGUGGGCGAGGCGCGCCUGGCUCAGGACGCCCAGAUCCAGAGCCGCUUCUUGGCCGGCUGGAACACCACUCUCAACACCAACAUCAUGUUUGCGACCCGCGCGCGCAAGGCCGUCGAGAAGGCGCGCCUCACGCUCGACGCCGUCAAGGCGCGCGUGAAGGGCACGACGUGGAAGUUGGGCGGGUCGUCGCCCCGCGCUGAGGCGCACGAGGAGCCCGAGCUGAGCCCCGAGGCGCAGGAAGAGAUUGAGAAGGCUGAGGACGAGUUCGUCACACAGACGGAGGAGGCCGUGGGCGUCAUGAAGAAUGUCCUUGACACCCCCGAGCCGCUGCGCAACCUGGCCGAGCUGAUCGCCGCGCAAAUGGAGUUCCACAAGAAGGCCCACGAGAUUCUGAGCGAGCUUGCGCCCAUCAUCGACGGGCUUCAGGUCGAACAGGAGGCGAGCUACCGCAAGAGCCGAGAGAGCGCUUCCUAAGCGGGACCCGAUAAGGCUUCAAGGUGGAGGCUGCAUUGCCCUUUUGAGUCCUACACUAGGUAUACGUAGGAUACGACGCUGGGACGAAUCGGAACGGCCGGCUAUGGUUGAAGGAGAGAUUCGACAUGCUGGGUUUGUUCUUCCUUGACGUUGAGGCCGGGAAGUUUCGUUUUAGUUGCUAUGUCAUCCCGCCGUUUGGUUCUUUUCAUCUCUGGGGUCCGAUAUGUUCCUUCCCUGGUGGUCUUGAUUGGGAUAUUUCCACUCACGGAUUAAAUUCGAACCCAUUACCCACGGGACCCGGUUUACGACGAAAGGCUUAGGCUGCUGUAGUAUCUCAGGAGCAAUUUACUAGACGAUCCUCUGCUGAGGCAGACGGCUUCCCCUUAUGGGAACUAGCUGCAAGUUUAAAUCCAUGUUCAAGGGCGUGUGGCUCAGUUGGUAGAGCGUUCGCUUAGCAUGCCCUCACGCAUGCGAAAGGUCCUG